CUGGACCUCCUGCUCCUUCUCCUUUGUGGUGUCUAUGAAAUCACACAAAUCACAGACACAAGAGACCCCCAUUUGUGUGAUUCCACAGAGUGUUCAAAAAUGAAGGUGACAGGUAAGGAGCCUGUCCUUUUGUGGAGCACUAGGCCCCUCUUUGAGCUGUUGGGUGAAAGGCACCGAGGGCUGAACCUGAGGAAGAGGUUCCAAUGGAGGCAAAGGUUCCGUGGCAGUUGGAGCUUCCGUCGGGGAGAAGAGGGGCCCAGCUGAUGACACCAGGGUUGAACAAGGGCCUUGGAGCACUCCCUUCUCUGCCCUCCAUUUCUCUUGCAUUCGAGACACCUUGGUAAACAGGUGAGAUGUCGGAAAAGCUAAGUCGGUGUCGUAAGGAGCUUGCUGCUGCAAUUGGCCGAGCAAUGGAAGAUCUCUCCAUUCCUCUUUCCGCUUCCCCAAAUUCUGCUACUGACCAGAAGAACUCUGACUUGCUGACAGCACAGUCCCCUACGCUCUCCAAUGAAGAAUUAUUUAGCCAGAAGGGACAAACUACCCCACCCACUGUGGAUUGCCCCCAGCUCUCCUUACCAAUGGUUUCUACACCUGAAAAAGAGAAUCCCCUCCUCAGGCCAAACCUAAUUCCAGUGACUAUGGCCCCCAGCAUGCCAUAUUCAAAACGGGAACCCCUGACAAGCAAGGAAAACAUGAAGGGACAUCCUCCAAUUUUCAUAGCCGACAGGCAGUUUUUUCUCAACUUAGAAGACACUGAGGGGAGAAAACGAUAUCUAAGCAAAAUUGAUGAAACGUCCAUGAAGUCGGAAACAAGUAUAACUGACAGUGACAGCACUCCACAGAAUCUGAAAGAUCUUGCCGAUAUGAGUAAUAACCCAGAUAUGUGGCCAGCAAAGCUUCAAAGGAAGCUUGAUUUUGAAAAUGAACUGCAGGAAGUGUCUAGACUGUCAAGUGAACUAUUUUCUCUAGAUGCAUCCUCAGUCCUCGAUAUGGAUGUGAGUAGUUUCAGAAAGGUCCUGGAGUACAGCACAGAGGAUGAAGCAAUUAUUGAAACACUGCUAGACAUGGAAGAAGAAUAUAGACUGAACAGCUCCACCUUGCACCAGCUGCACUAGAGGCCAGUGUGAGGUGUGAACUAUUUUAAGCUUUGAAAGUUGCACUUCUAAACCAUGGAAUAUUUGGCAAAUGAUCCAGCCUAUUGUAAGAUGGACUAAUAAAAAGUAAUUUCCAAUACUAUGUGAAACUGUAGUAUUUUAUUUGUUAAGUCAAUUAAUAUUGAACUUUGACUAGA